AUGCCCAACCCAACCACAGCCUGGUCCCUGUCACAGCAGCAGCGCUCAAGAGGGGUACUAACGUCGGAGAGAAUAUCUCCUCAACCAAGUCGUGGGCAUUCGCCCAAUCUGCGGUCAUCCAAACUGCCUGGCCAGCCGCAAGCGUCUUCUACGUCCUCAUCGCCCGAAGUUUUGCAGCUCCAAAAGAUUAUCACACAACUCCAGCAAUCUGCUUCGACUAAACCAGGUGCAAACGUAAACAUUGGCGGUGCGAAAGACCGUGUCGAGCAAGGUUGCUUCUGUCUUGCGCAAACGCACAAGUUGUCGCCAUAUACGCCGUUAUGUGUAUCAUGUGGCCUCAUCUUAUAUGAACUUCAUCCGCCGUAUCGAAACUGUCCCUUUACACCAUGCGGUCAACCGUUGCUCACGCCCCAGGCUCGCACGGUACUCAUCCAGACGCUAAAUGACAAAAUUGUAGCGAUGAUAGAGGCAGAGGAGAUGAAGAGGAGAAGGGAAGAGGAAGAACGUAGACAGGCGGCGGGUGCGUUUCCUAUGCUCGCGCCUUCGUCUUCCCUCCACGUUCCUGGCACAAGUGGGAAACCCAGGACACCACCACCACCAUCGUCAAAUACCCCACACAAGGUGUUAUCCUUGACGCAAAAGGGUGCCGUACUCACCACGACGGUACGGAAAACGACGCCGACUCCCUCUGCCCAAGGCACAAAGGGUGAUCCAAAGCCAGUCGUGCAGAGGGUGCCUAUGCCACCAGAGGAGCCUGUGAGCUUUAAACCAAAGGAGAACAUGGCGCCAUGGGAGAGUCUUCGAUUCCCUCGGAUCAUCUACGAGCCUCCGCCGCCCCCUGCAAACCCACGUCAACCUACGAAACGACAGAAAAAGGGUCAAAAGAAGGAUAAUAUAGAGGCGUCUGAUCCCUAA